AUGUGGGAGGAGGCAGAAGACGAUGAGAGCUUGUCAGGAGAGGAAGCGGUGGUGGUGGACCUCAGCUCGGAGGUGAAGUUUUGCCAUCGGGAGGAGAGAGUCUUGCACAGAAGAAGCAGCGCUGCGAGUGAAGAGGCGGCGGCUAAGACGUCGAGCUCGUCGCAGGUUGCGAGAGGCAGACACGACUUGAAGGAUGAGGGUGGCAUCGGCAUGGCAGCACAAGGUAGCUUCGCAGGGAGAUCCCUGCCGGGGCAGCAGAGGAGGCAUGGCAAAUACAAGAGCUUGAGCGUGAUGGCCGAUAGUCGCUUGGCUUCGUCCGAGUCGAGAGAUGAUGAGGACGGAGCUUACAGCAGGGAGCACGACCGGCCUCUCUCUGCCUCUGUUUCAGCCGUGCACAAGCGAGCUGGCGCCCUGACUUCUUCGAGCUCAUUGCCGGACAUGUCGAAGGAGGGCCAAGUGAGAGGAGCGGAGGAGGAGGUGAACGUCACGGGGUGGAAGGAAGACGAAAGAAUGUCAGACAGCUCGAGCAUGGAAGGCUUCGGCAAGUGUGGUGUGGGCCUCUACUUCGAAAAGCGAAAGGACAUGUCCAUGGCUGUUGUGACUGAGUUGGCGCAAAGAGGCUCUGCGGCGCGGCAAGGAACGAUCCUCGCCGGCGACGCGAUCGAGAAGAUCGACGGCAAAGACAUCGCAACUUGGACGGCUGCGCAGACUCAGGCGGCGUUGAUGGGGGAGCAGGGAAGCAGCGUGUUGCUGGACAUAGUCCGUGAAGGAGACCAGCGAUUGAGCGUGAGGUUGAUGAGAGGAAACGCCAUGUUCUGGUACUGGCACGAGAAGAACUCAAGCCUGACUGAGAAGAACCUCCUUCUCCUGGCAGCGAAUCGCGAGUUGGAGGAGCAAGUGAAGGCAUGGGAGGAACGAAGUCUGUUGGUCAGAAGGGAGCUGGAGCAGCAGCUGAACGAGGAGAGGGCCAAGAUCGAAGAGCUUUCAAAUCAGCUCUCGCAGAUUCAGGAUGUUCAUCACGACGAGCUGGAGAGCGUGCGAAGGAACGCGGAGGCCAGGCUUCAGGAAGAAAAGUUGACACACAGGACGAAGAUGCGGGAGCUGGAGCGAAGAGACGCAGCGAACCGUAAGGAAUACGAGCAGCGGCUGCUGGCUAAGUCAUCGGAGUUUGACUACGCGAUGAUGGAGAAGGCGCAGGAGCAUGCAGAGAGUCUGAUGAAGGUGACGUCCAGCUACCAGAACAAGCUGAGAGAAGUCGAGCAGACCUUCGUCGAGAGGAACCUCGAGCUGGAAAAAGAGCUGGCAAAACGGCUGAUGGAGUUCGAUAAGACGAGCAGGGCGAAGGCUGAGGAGUACGAGGAGAAGCUGGAGGAAGCGAACAACAAGAUGAACGACCUCACGGUUGACUUCCAGUCUCAACUCGCAGACCUGCAGUACGAGAACAGCGAGAAGCUCAUGGCGCAGGUCGGCCAGUACGAGUCUCGUCUCAACUGUGAGCGACACGCGAGUGAGGAGGAGAAGAAGAAGCUCCAGGCGACGGUCACGCAGCUGAGAAGGGAGCUGGACGAGCUGCAGCUCGAGAAGAAGUCAGUCGAGAGCGAGCUGAGAAAGGCGCAAGGCGAAGGGAGCGAAUGGAAGAAAGCGGGGGAGAAGGAGAGGGAGAGCCGGCUGAAGGUAGAGAACCAGCUGAAGGAGGAGCUGCAGACGAAGGAGGAGGAGUGGAAGCGACUCUGGCAGGGUGAGAGGGAGAAGCUCUCAUCGGCGUUGGAGAGUCACAGGAAGGAGAAGGUGCAGCUUGAGGAGGAGACGAGGAGGCUGGUCGGACGGUUAUCGGAGCUCGAGGAGGAGAAGAAGAAACUGUCAGGGGCUCUUGCGCUUCAAGACGAGGACAAGAAAGGUUUCCCUUCGCCUCCUCCUCCCACCCAGCACGAGAACUUGGAGGAAAUCUGCAGGAAGCUGGAGAAGGAGAGGAGCCAAGGAGAGGAGCUGAGAAAGGAGCUGGCCGCUGUUUCCUCCUGCGUCGAGUGGAUCAGGGGGAAAAUGCAGCGGGAGGAGGAGGAGGGAAAGAGGACGAGGGUGAAGAACAAUGAGGAAGAGAAAUCGAGGGAGGGGCAGAAAACUCCCUCCUCCUCCUCCUCCUCCUCCUCCUCCUCCUCCUCCUCCUCCUCCUCCUCCUCCUCCUCCUCCUCCAACAACAACAACAACAACAACAACAACAACAACCACAACAACAAGAAUCACAAUGAGCGAGAGCUCGCCGCGCUGAGAAAGGAACGCGAUUUCUUCAAAGGGCAGAUGGAAAAGUUUCUUGCACUUCCCAACCCUUGCGGGGUUGGCCUUCGUUUCGAGAUGAAGCUAAAGCGCCCCAUCGUGAGCGACCUUGUGCCGGGCAUGUCGGCCGAGCGAUGCGAGUCGAUUGCGAGAGGAGACGAACUAGUGGAGAUCGACGAGAAGCCGACGAGAGACCUGAGCCUUUUGGACUUGCAGAAGCUGCUCGUCGGCAGCCGCGGCUCUCGAGUCAAACUUUCCUUCCUCCGCGCGUCAGAUCGGCGCUCCUUCACUCUCACCCUCCGACGAGGCGCCUGGGGACCUGAGCAUGCGAUUGACCACCACGAGCUCUGCGACACCUUUCCCUCCUUGUAA